AUGGAAGAAGAAAAGAUCUUAGAUUCCUUUGAUGUCCUAUACAACAAUGGGAAAGGUGAACUAUACAUAACAAACAAGUACCUUGUGUAUAUCUCUGAAAAUACUCAGAAGGGAAAAAUUAAGAACAAUUCCCUUUUCCUGAUUGAUGACAUUGACUUAAAAUUAUGUAUAUUCAGUUGGAAGAAAACAGAAAAAUCUAAAAAGAAGAAUAAAAUACGUUUCACAUUUGCAGUAACAAAUAAAAAAAAUAAUUUCUGCUUUCAUGAUUAUAACCAUACAGAGUCUUUCAUAUUUGAAUUUUUUAAUGAUCAACAUAAUAGCAAAAUAUGUGAAAUUAUUAACACGCUAAAUAAAGAUAAUAUCAAAAAUCAUAUAUACAUAGAAUUUAAUUUGCAUUUAAUAAAAGACAAGUAUAAAGUAUAUGAAGAAUCCGAAAGUGCACUUCCACACGAUGCUUCUGGAAUUUCCACUGACCAGUAUCAUACACACACUUAUAAAAAUGAACAUCUUAGCACAAACUACGUAGAUCUGCAACCUGUUGAUAAUUUAAAUUUUGUGAGGAAAACAAAUGAAGAAUUAAGAGAUAAGAUAAAAAAUGAAAUACCAACUGAGCAUCCAGUUGCACAACGAACAAUUCGAAACCGCACUGCUCAUGAGAGGAACCAAAAUGAGCAAAAUGAGCAAAAUGGCAAAAAGGAGCAAAAUUACCCAAAUAGCCAAGAUGACCAAAAUAGCCAAAAUGGUCAAAGUGGGGAAAGUGACCAAUUGCAAGUCAACGAAUCAUUGAAUGCAUUAAAUAAAAUACUCCAGACAGAUACAAAACUGAAGAGUCUGUAUGAGAUGUGUAUACAGAACAAUAUAUUAACCGAAAAUGAAUUCUACAGGAUACAUAAGAGUGAUAUAUAUGAAUACAGAAAUAUGUGCAUGGGUGAAGAAGAAAGAAUUUUAAAAGAACCCUUGUUCAUAACAGAAGAACAGAAGCAUACCAAAAGUGUUGAAAUAAACAAAGAAAUGAGUAAACUAAUCCUUUCAGAAAAUAAGGAAUUAAAGAAGCUUCACGAUUAUUAUAUGGAAAAUAACAUACUUAGUGAAAGCAAAUUUUGGUUCUUUCUUUUUAAUAACAAAUAUAGUCAUUUAUUCUUUUAUGACAAAAAUGAAAAAGAUAUCAUGGGAAAUAAAAACUUCUUCUCUAUUAAUGGUAAUCAGAAAAAUAGAGCAGGAGCAGGAUAUGCUGGUGAGGAAUCACGUGAACAAGAAGACAGAAUCCUUACCACAUAUGAGAAGGAAAAUAUUUCGUACAAAAAUAUUUCAUUGUCUUACGAUAUGGACAAUCCAAAUCAAGACAUAAAAGGAAUUUUAGAAAAAUGCAUUUUAAAGGAAUACUUAUCGACCAAAUCACAUAACAAGAAAAACAUUCUUUUUAAAAAUAAUUAUUAUUUUAAUGAAGAAAAUGCACAAGGGUUUGGAUUAUUUACAAACGAAAAGUAUGCUAAAAAUCACAAUUCGCACAAUCUCCUAAUUAACAAAUUUAAUAAUUACUGUAUUGGAAUGAUAAAGGAUAAAAAAUUUACUAUAGACACAUUUUAUGAUGAUUUGAAAAAUAAAAUCAAUGACACUGAUUUGAAUCCUAUACAAGAAAAAAAAGAAUUACAAUUCCAAAUCGAAAAAAAAAAAAAAAAACGUCAAUUAGACACUGAAGAAGGGGACGACCAUCUCGAAUCCCCUCAAACAAAAGAACGUUUAAAUAAAAAAUUCGCCACACUUAUGGAAGACCUAAACCUAAACACCCUUGAGCCUUACACUCAUAGAAAAAAUUAUUCCGAUUUGUUUAACAUAGGGAGACUCCUGUUCGUGUCCAACACAAAACGGUGUCAAAGCAAUCAGUCCAUGUUGAUAGGGACGAUUGAAUAUGAGCAGCACAUCCUCGAUAUUGUGAAAGAUUACCACGUGAAAAUAAACUAUUUGUUGAACUUAUUUUACACGUCUUACAUUCCAGAGCAGGAAAAAAGAAACAAGAUCUUGGAAAAUUUGUCGAAGAUUAAGGAGGAAAUACAGCACAAGCAGGAGGAAUACAAUAGUGUAUUAAUUAUGGGAAAACCAUUGCUAAUUCACCUCUUUGAACAGAUAAGUAUCUGUAAGAAGUUUAACGAAAAGCUUGAUAAAUAUAUUCAGGAAAAAAGGAAAAAACCAUGA